AUGAACUCUCUCUUUUCGCCUGAAAACCUUCCUCCACCACCGGGAUUCCCUAUCCCCGCCUCAAUUGCCGCCGCCACAACCACCACCAGCAUCUCCCCAAUCCCAACACUAAUCCCAAAGCUCGAACCUUUCGACGAAUGGCUCAACACCGACACUUCCCACCAACAACAUCAAGAACAACAAUAUCAGGAUCCCAAUAUUUCUAAUGGGUCCCUGGAUCUCGACCUCGAUCUCGACCUCGACCUCAAUCUCUUAUGCGACAGAACCUCGGACGAGCCAACCAACAACUUGUUCUCCGAGUUCAACAGAAUCUCCCAGCUUUUCUGCACGGCUUUCUCCACCGACGAUCCCCAGAACGAGGCCGUUCCUGACCCCAUCACCGAAGGCUUGCAACAGCUCCGAAACGACGCCGUUUCCGACCCUUUCGCUGAAAACCCGCAGCGCUUCCAGAACGGCGCCAUUUCUGACCCCGGGCUGCAGCAGAGCCCAAACGACACCGUUUCAGAUCCGGAUUCGCGGGCAAUUGUGCCUGUCCCGGAUUCAACGAUGGCGGCAACCACGCCGCGGCGGCGGUGUAAGGAGCUGGUUCGGGUUGCGGAUCUUGGUCUGCCAGAGCAGAGGCACUUCCGGGACGUUGUCCGGCGGACUAGAAUGAUGUACGACUCGCUGCGCGUGCUGGCGACGGUGGAAGAUGAGCGCCGGGUGGACUCCCGCCGGGGGCGCAGCGAUUUGCGCGCGUCGGCCGUGAUGAGGAACUGUGGUUUGUGGUUGAAUCGUGACAAGAGAAUUGUUGGUUCAAUUCCUGGUGUUUGCAUUGGUGACGUGUUUCUUUAUAGGAUGGAGUUGUGUGUGGUUGGGUUGCAUGGUCAACCUCAGGCUGGCAUUGAUUAUCUCCCAGCUAGCCUGAGCUCUAAUGGUGAACCAAUUGCCACUAGUGUCAUUGUCUCUGGUGGUUAUGAGGAUGAUGUUGAUGAGGGUGAUGUUAUCACUUACACUGGCCAUGGUGGCCAGGACAAGAAUUCUAGGCAGGUUUUUCACCAGAAGCUUGAGGGAGGGAACCUUGCAAUGGAGAGGAGUAAGCACUAUGGGAUAGAGGUGAGGGUCAUUCGCGGAGUGCGGUAUGAGGGCGCUGCCUCUGCUACUGGGAAGUUGUAUGUGUAUGAUGGGUUGUAUAGGAUUAUUGAUUCCUGGUUUGAUGUUGGGAGGUCGGGUUUCGGUGUUUUUAAGUAUAAGCUUUGUAGGAUUGAUGGGCAAGCUAAGAUGGGGAGCAUGCUGAUGAAGGAGGCGCUUAUGCUUAAGAAGGAUCCCUUGAGUUUGAAACCCAUGUGUUGUAUAUCGCUUGAUAUUUCGAAUAGGAACGAGAAUGUGGCAGUUAGGCUUUUCAAUGACAUUGAUCGUAAUUACGACCCUCUCCGAUAUGAGUACCUCGUGAAGACAAAUUUUCCUCAGUUUGUGUUUCACCAGAGUGGGAGAGGUACUGGUUGCGAUUGUGUGGACGGGUGUGUUGAAGGGUGCUUUUGUGCUAUGAAGAACGGAGGGGAGUUUCCUUAUAAUCAGAGUGGGAUUCUCUUGAGAGGGAAGCCUUUGGUUUUUGAGUGUGGCCCAUUUUGUAGUUGUCCGCCUCAUUGUCGGAAUCGAGUCACACAGAAGGGGCUGAAAAAUAGGUUGGAGGUGUUUAGAUCUAGAGAAACUGGUUGGGGAGUUAGGUCGUUGGACCUUAUUCAAGCCGGCGCUUUUAUAUGCGAGUACACGGGGGUUGUGCUGACAAGGGAGCAAGCAGAACUUUUGACAAUGAAUGGUGAUUCUCUGAUAUAUCCUAACCGCUUUACUGAUAGGUGGUCGGAAUGGGGGGACUUAUCUACAAUAGACUCCAAAUAUGUGCGUCCAUCUUAUCCCUCUAUCCCUCCUUUGGAUUUUGCUAUGGAUGUGUCAAGAAUGAGGAAUGUUGCUUGCUAUAUGAGUCAUAGUUCCACUCCCAAUGUAUUGGUUCAGUUUGUCCUGUAUGAUCACAAUAAUUUGAUGUUCCCUCGCCUUAUGCUAUUUGCUAUGGAGAACAUCCCUCCGAUGAGAGAGCUCAGCCUUGAUUAUGGGGUAGCCGACGAGUGGACCGGGAAGCUCUCUAUAUGUAACUGA